CACAUAACGCUCCCCCUCCUGCGCUGCGAGCCACCCUCUCCCCUCCCUCCUGCAAACACCACCGCCUCCCCUGCCACCGCCGCCACCUCUCCCGACGCUCCACAGCUCGCCGCGGCCGGGGGGCGGUGCGCGGACCGUGCGCGCCGCGGGCGCCAGAUGUGCAGUCCCCGCCGCCGCCAGUGACCAAGCCGCAGUCCGAGCGGUAUCGGGCCGCCUCCCUGAUGCUGCGGGGGCGACCUUGAGCGUACAGCGGCUUCCCUCGGUGGGGACCCCGACACCCCAGCGCUGUGCCCGGUCUUGCCCUCUGUAGCCCGGCUCGCCCCGCGCUUGGACAUGGAAGGGGCCGCCGCGCCUGUGGCGGGGGACCGCCCCGACUUGGGGCUGGGGGCGCCGAGCUCUCCCCGAGAGGCGGUGGCGGGGGCGACUGCAGCCCCGGAGCCCAGGAAGCCGCACGGGGUGAAGCGGCAUCACCACAAGCACAACUUGAAGCACCGCUACGAGCUGCAGGAGACCCUGGGCAAAGGCACCUACGGCAAAGUCAAGCGGGCCACCGAGAGGUUUUCUGGCCGAGUGGUUGCUAUAAAAUCCAUUCGUAAGGACAAAAUUAAGGAUGAACAAGACAUGGUUCACAUCAGACGAGAGAUUGAGAUCAUGUCAUCUCUCAACCAUCCUCAUAUCAUCAGUAUUUAUGAAGUGUUUGAGAACAAAGAUAAGAUUGUGAUCAUCAUGGAAUAUGCCAGCAAAGGGGAGCUGUACGACUACAUCAGUGAGCGGCGACGCCUCAGUGAGAGGGAGACCCGGCACUUCUUCCGGCAGAUCGUCUCUGCUGUGCACUAUUGUCACAAGAACGGUGUGGUCCACCGGGACUUGAAGCUGGAAAAUAUACUGCUCGAUGACAACUGCAAUAUUAAGAUUGCUGACUUUGGGCUUUCCAACCUGUACCAGAAGGAUAAGUUCUUACAAACGUUUUGUGGGAGUCCACUCUAUGCAUCUCCUGAGAUUGUCAAUGGGAGACCUUACCGAGGGCCAGAGGUGGACAGCUGGGCCCUGGGUGUGUUGCUUUACACUCUUGUUUAUGGAACAAUGCCCUUCGAUGGUUUCGAUCACAAAAACCUCAUUCGGCAAAUCAGCAGCGGAGAGUACCGGGAGCCAACACAGCCCUCAGAUGCUCGAGGACUCAUACGGUGGAUGCUGAUGGUGAACCCCGAUCGCCGGGCCACUAUUGAGGACAUUGCCAACCACUGGUGGGUGAACUGGGGCUAUAAGAGCAGCGUGUGUGACUGUGAUGCCCUCCAUGACUCUGAGUCCCCACUCCUGGCUCGGAUCAUUGACUGGCACCACCGUUCCACAGGGCUGCAGGCUGACACCGAAGCCAAAAUGAAGGGCCUGGCCAAACCCACGACCUCUGAGGUCAUGCUAGAGCGGCAGCGGUCGCUGAAGAAGUCCAAGAAAGAGAAUGACUUUGCUCAGUCUGGUCAGGAUGCAGUGCCUGAAAGCCCAUCCAAGUUGAGUUCUAAGAGGCCCAAGGGGAUCCUGAAGAAGCGAAGCAACAGCGAGCAUCGCUCUCACAGCACUGGCUUCAUUGAAGGUGUAGUUGGUCCUGCCUUACCCUCUACUUUCAAGAUGGAGCAGGACUUGUGCAGGACUGGCGUGCUCCUCCCAAGCUCACCAGAGGCAGAGGUGCCGGGAAAACUCAGCCCCAAGCAGUCGGCCACGAUGCCCAAGAAAGGCAUCUUGAAAAAGACCCAGCAGAGAGAAUCAGGUUACUACUCUUCCCCAGAGCGCAGUGAGUCUUCGGAGCUGUUGGACAGUAAUGAUGUGAUGGGCAGCAGCAUCCCCUCCCCCAGUCCCCCGGACCCAGCCAGGGUAACCUCCCACAGCCUCUCUUGCCGGAGGAAGGGCAUCUUGAAACACAGCAGCAAAUACUCAGCGGGCACCAUGGACCCAGCCCUGGUCAGCCCUGAAAUGCCCACACUGGAAUCCCUGUCAGAGCCUGGUGUCCCUGCCGAGGGCCUCUCCCGGAGCUACAGCCGUCCUUCCAGUGUCAUCAGCGAUGACAGCGUGCUGUCCAGCGACUCUUUUGACUUGCUGGAUUUGCAGGAGAAUCGCCCUGCCCGCCAGCGCAUCCGCAGCUGCGUCUCUGCAGAAAACUUCCUCCAGAUCCAGGACUUUGAGGGGCUCCAGAACCGGCCCCGGCCCCAGUACCUGAAGCGGUACCGGAACCGGCUGGCAGACAGCAGCUUCUCCCUCCUCACAGACAUGGAUGAUGUGACUCAGGUCUACAAGCAAGCGCUGGAGAUCUGCAGCAAGCUCAACUAGCAUUCCAGGGUGCCAGGGGCGGGCGGGGGUACGAGGGAGGAAGGGGAGCAAGACUUGGGCUCACAGGCUGGUUACCUCUUUGCUGGCCGUGACAACAGACUGAAAAAGGAUUGGCACUGUCUCACUUGGCCAAGUUUGCAGCCUUGAGCCAACACCUAAAAGGGAGAGGUGGGCUCUUCUGCCAGUUCUGUCAAUUGUCAGUCAGAAUUUGGGCCCUGUUUGGCAUUUGCUUUAUGGCACCUCCUAGAGGACCAGCUGUCCAGGGGCGGUGGUAUUGACCGGCGCUCAGUGGGUGGAGAGGAAGCAUAUGUGGAAGGAGCAUUUCCUUAGAAGUCAUCCAGAUGCUUCUGGAGGAGGGGCAGGAGACACUUGGGCUGUUUGCCUUGGGUGAGCCCAAAGAACUUGCCCCUUUUCUCCUUGCAUUAGCAAGCUAGGUCUGGCUGCAUGGAGCUGGCAAGUAGAUUUCAGCAACUUGAGCUUGAGUUGAUGAUCAAUUAAUAGUGGCUGCCAGUUGUGCUGGCGUAAGUGGCCCACAUCAUGGGGAAGGAGUGCUGUGAUUGACUAGUAAUGGCUACCACGGGAAAGGGAAGGGGAAGCAGUAGCACUAAUGCUAUGUAGUUGUCAUCUUUGAUCUGGCUAGGCCCUGGGAAUCGGGUUUAGUCAUCCUGUGGGAUCUAUGUUAACUCUUUCAUGCCACUGGUGAGGCAUUUGUUAAUUUGCUACUCAACUUUGAGGAAAGACAGGGCCUUGGUCAGAGAGAGAAUGCUCUGAACUCUGCUAAGGACAUAGAGUCAGCCCAUGGUGAUUUAGCUCCUUGCUGUUCACCUCCUCUUUCCUGAUGUCUGCCUUGCUCUACAGCACAACCUCUUGAGGGUGGACAGGGAGAAAGAUGAUGGUGUCAGAGGUCAAAACUAUUAUAUAUGACAGGGCACAAGAUGGUCUGUGAUCUUUGCACAGAUGAAUGGAAGUUGAUGCACACCAACAAGAGGCAACUUGUCACUUUCUUUCUCAAUAUUAACUGGAAUGCUGCCUCUUGGGUUCUCACCUGCAUGGAUGCUUUGAGAUGGAUGUGAUACUGUCCAUAUUCUCCAGAGGAUUACCUGGCUGAACCAUUGGCUCUGUUCACCAGUGACAGAUGGUUUCCCCAUCCACUGAGUGUAGCAUCCUCAGAGGUAGGCAAGUUUGCUUCUAGGGAGUUAGCAUGUAGAUGGGAUAUUGGGAUGAGGAAAGGAAAAUUAGGUAGAUGGUGCUUUUUUCCCCCAAAUCUAAGUAUUCUAUGUCAUGGUUUUAAACUUUGACAUGAACUCCUGGGCUUUGGGGGAAGAGAAAGUUCCAUUCAUUUAAAUGAAUAAGGUGUUGAAAGAGUGCAGGGGGUUGGGAGGAAGCACGAAAGAGAGGGAACAUUUCCUUAGGUGUUACCCAGAUGGUUCUGGGGGAGGCAGAAAAGAGGUGCGGCAGGACUCUUAUCUUAAAAAGUAAACAAAACAAAACAAAACAAAAAACUAGAUAUGUAAUUUCUAAACACCCAGAUCACAAUGACAAGAUGCCACUCCAACCAUGGGACACCUUCAUGAUACUAGGUUUGGACUUCCUGGUCUCUGGGAUGACUUCAGAUUCUGCUGGCCAAGGCAAAUUGAACUCAGUUCAAGAUGGCUACCACUGGUAGACGUGUAGGUAGAAAAGAGGACUGGUCUUGGGAACAUCUUUGGAAAAACCAACAAACAAUAGUUCUAGGGAGAUGAGAAAAAAAUUCACCUUACAGUGCUAAGAAAGUGCAUUAGAAUGGAAUUGCCCUUUCCUUAAGGAGACAGUUUGGGCUCUCCCCUUGCCACCAGCUCUGGUGUUUUGGCUUAUGCAUUCCUUCAGGUUGAGCUGAGCAGUGUGUUAUGGGAAGCUGCUCAAUUUCCUUUCAUUCAAUUCCACCUCCUUCCUGAACUCUAAUAGAGGUUAAAAGGGAAAAAAAAAAAUCUGUAGAUAGCAAAUUGUGUGUGUGUGGGGGGGUGGGGGUGUGGGUGCAUGGAGGACAACCUGCAACUCUGAGCUCCCUACUUCCUGCCUCAUUUCAUGCAGUCUUUUCUGAACAGCCUAUGCUGCUGCCCUGCUGGCCCCUUGUGCACGGCAGCUGGCCAUGUCCGUAGCUGUCAGUAUGAUGUAGAUCUAGCUCCUACCUACUGGUUGAUGUGUUUUUUCCUUUUGCCAAGUGAUUGAGUCUGUUUAGUAGUUUCCAUCAUUCUAGUCUUUAAGUAAAAAUGACACUAUUGAGGAAAGUCAGUCUACUCCCUUCUUCCUCCCCCCAAACACGUGUUCUCUUUUGUCAGGAAACUCAGCCAGUGGACUGUGGCAGAGAAAGUCUUCCACUCAGAGGCAGAGACUGAGUUAAGUCAUAAGUGGCCUUAGGCAUCUGCAUUGUUUGCGGGGGUUAAGUUUUCCUUCCAGUGAGGGCUGGAGGGAUGAAUUAGCUGGUACCUGAAGCCCUGCUUAGCUCUGACACUCUGCCAACAUCCUCUGAUUCUAGGUGUGGUGUUGACUGUCCUUUCAAGGAAAAACUUGCAAUAGAGGGAAAAGCCAUUAAAGCAGCUCCCUGCUUCAUCAUUAAGUCCUGUCAUCCCUACCAGCCAAUCCCAGUCAAAGAAGUUAUGCUUUAUUCACUUCUGUGGAAUUACAAGUGAGAGACACUUUUAGGACCUGAUGGACAAAGCAGGAGAUUCACUGUCAGCUUUCCUGGUCCUCUCCUUACUUCUGUGGGCCUUGCACCGUCUUAGUUUACACAUCUGCCAAAGGGGUAGAAUUACACUUCUUUUUACAGGUAAAUGUCAAGGCACAAUCAGUUUUCAGGAAGUGCUUCAAGACCCCAGGUGAAAUGAAAAUGCUAAGUACCCUCUGAAUGGCCAUCCCUGUUACCAGGUGCUGCUUCUUCAGAUGAUGGGGAGCACUUUUCAGGGUGAAAUUCAGGCGAGUUUUGCCCAGGCCUGCUGUCUUGAGUACAAAUGUGAAUGAUCGACUGACUGCUUGUUGCCAAACUGGAAAUGUUCUGUAGGGAUUUACUGGCAUGGUAUCAUUCCUAGAAGAAAAAAAGAGAGAAACUUGACUGCACAUUAAAAAAAAAAAAAAAAUCCACAUUGUGACUUUUAUUUAAUUUCUAUUUUUUUUGGUAAUAAAAAGUUGACUUUUUUAUUUGAAUUUGUCUUUUUUAUUUAUUGGUCUGAAAGGCAUUUCAAAGGUAUUAUAAUAAUAUAUUGGUGUAAUUUAAUUGGUGCAACAUGCUUUAUGGCUCCUGUCAAAAUUGGUUUUCACUCAUUUGAUUGGUUUGAGCCCGGAACAGCCUACAGGGGAAAAACAAGCUGGAUAACCACCCAAAGUGUUUGUAUUUUCAUUGGAAACUGAUUUUUGUUUCAUUUUGUUUUUUGUUUCUGUUUUUAUUUUUAAGUUAAAUAAAUUGCAAUGAACUGAA